AUGGGAGGAACGACCUUGACAGGAACCCCAACAACAACAACAACAACAGCAGCAGCGGCCGCAGCAGCAGCAGCAGCAACGACACUAGCAGCGACGCUAACAGCGACAGCGACGCCUACACAGACAUCGACACCGACAUCUGCAACGACACCCGCAACUGUGGUGAGCGCCAGUCUGCUGGCGACGGCUGUUGGUAAUAGCCCGCACAGUAUAGACCAGGGCCUCCUUGAGGCACGGUCACGGUGCAGCCAAUGCGGGCGAAGGCGCACAGUGUGCCACCAUCCCAUUCCCACCUCCCCGUCUGCCUCCGCAAAUGCAAUUACUACUGCGCUCGGAAGCCUUAGUGCCGCUGCCGCUGCACCGCCCUUGCACUCUACGCGACCCCGCAGAAUCUCCAAGCUCAAGCACCGUUUAACUGCCACCUUCGCUGCCCAGGCCCAACUAAAUGAUGAUGCCGCCGCCGCUGCUGCCGCUUUGCCCAGCAGUAGCACAAGCAGUACCAAUCCCGACAGCAACAGCAGUAGCGCUACCGGCAACGGCAGCAAUAGAGGCAGCGACAACAGGAACGACACCGAGAGCAGCAGCGCCAUAAUGGAUCCGCCCGUGCUCUCCUUCUACGGCAAGGAGCCGGUGCCACUGCCCACGCGCUUUGCCCACAUCAAGCACGCUCUGGUCGAGGGCCACGAGAAGGAGCUCGAAGCCUCGUGGGCACGCCUGAUCGACGCCCUGCGGGACGAGGUCGACCACAUUGCGUCGCGCGGCCCCAAAAUCACGCCGACUAUUGACUUUGCCGACAUCAACAGUCCCGACGCCGCCGCCGCCUUUGCACGCGACCUCAAGCGUUAUGGCGUCGGUCUGGUGCGCGGCGUGGUGCCUCGUGCCGAUGCCCAGGUCGCCAUUGAUGAGACAGUCAAGUACCUCGAAAACGGCGCCGACUUCAAGGAACCGACCAUUCAAGACCCCACGUGCUUCGAUCUCUUUUGGACCCCCGCCCAGGUGCGCACGCGCGCCCAUCCCCGUGUCAUGGAAGCCCAGCGAUUUGCCAUGUCGCUAUGGGACCAUAAAGCGGACGACCGCAUGGCAAUCCGUUUCCCAAUUGCCUACGGAGACCGCCUGCGCAUCCACGGUGCGAACAUUGGCAGUGUGGGCCCCGAUGCGCCAGCCAAGAAGGAUAAGGAUAAGGACGUGGACGGUGUCAUCAACGGGGAUGCGGCUGACGGUGAAGAGGCGAGGAGGAUCGCGCUCGAACUGCUCGGGGAUUUCGCCUCGUCGACCGUCAUCGCCCAGGUGGACAAUGGCAGCCUGGAGCGCUGGGAGCCCGACGGGUAUGGCCGCGGGGGAACGUACGCCUCCGUGUUUCGGGGGGCGUGGGAGAAGUACGACCCGUGGGAUCCGACCUUCCGCGUGAGCUCUACACCCGACCUCUACAACGGCCACGGCGCGUGCAGCAUAUUCCGCAUGUUCCAGGGCGUGGUCGCCCUCAGCACCAUCGAGCCCGGCCUAAUCCGCCUGCUGCCCAGCCCGAAGCUCGCUACGGCUUACUUCCUCCUGCGCCCCUUUUUCUCCCCAAAGACAAAACCCCCUGAGCGCCGCGACGGCCCCGAAUGGGAGGCCUUUCUCGAUGCAUCCAAUUGGUCGCUGGACCGCGACCAAACUACCAUCAUACACGGCGCCGUCCCGGGACACGCCCAGCGGCUGACCGAGCUUUGGCACCCGCACCUGCACCUCCGCCGCACUCUCGUCACAAUUCCGACGCUGCAGACUGGCGAUUACAUCAUCUGGCACCCGGAUCUGGCGUACCACAUCACGUCCAACCCCAACGUCAUGGCCAGUCGGGCGCCGACCCCGCCGCCAGCGCUGGACGGCGAGGAAGAGAAGCCGCCCGGCCGGCCCGUCUCCAUCCUCGUCUACGUCCCCGCCGCGCCCCUCACCCAGACCAACGCGCUCUACCUCGCCCGCCAGCGCAAGACCUUCCAGCGCGGCCACCCGGCCCCGGAUUUUGAUGCUACCGGCAGCGGCCUCGGCAGCGAGAAGUCUCACGCCGACCGCCCUGGCGAGACCGUCAUUGCCCAGGUUGGAGGCCCCGCCGCCCUGCAGGCCAUGGGUUUGGCUCCCUUCGACGUGGCGCCUACGCCGCCCGCUACUGCCGAUGCCGAGGCUGAGGCCGUGGGGGGCAACGCUGCAGGAUCAGCCGGAAAGGGAACCGGCGACGGGGAUGGGGACGUUGCGAUGGAUGGUGGCGGCAGUGCUGGAGGGAGGGCAGUGCCGUCCAUGACACGUGCUGAGGCCGAGGUGGCCAGGUUGGCCAACAUCAUCUUGUUUCCGGACAGGUACGACUUCUACAUGGCCAAGCGGAACGGCAGCGGGACCAAGAGGAGUAAAGUCCUCAGGGUGGACAGGAAGGAGGAUGAGGAUAAAGAGGACGAGGACGGCGAUAAGAAGGGACGGAAGGAAACCGAUGUCAAGGCUGAAGGUAAAGAUGGCAGGUGA